AUGGCCGCCUUCAUCAACUCGACCGUGAUCAACACGGCCUUCAACCACACCCAGCCGUACUUCAGCGUCUUUGAGGAGGUCUCCAAGUACAAUGUCCAACUCAACUAUUUCGAGCGCCUUUGGGCCGCUUGGUAUCUUUGGAUGCAAAACGAUACCCUCGCUACCGGCAUCAUGAGCUUCGUCAUGCACGAGACGGUCUACUUCGGCCGCAGUUUGCCCUUCAUCAUCUUCGACCUGAUCCCCUGGUUCCACAAGUACAAGAUCCAACCCGUAAGCACCGACGCGCGCUCCAUAGAGUCAACACAACAACCACUAACAUUCUCAUUAGCAAAAAAUGCCGACACUCAAGGAGCAGUGGGACUGCGCCAUGGUCGUCCUUAUUAG